AUGAAAGUCCUAUGGACUGGCAAUGAUAGCAGUCAGAACAGAGGAGGCUUUACGGGUCAAAAGCGUUCAGCGAGUUUCCUCGAUUCCCCCUCGAAGACUCCUGUACCGUCCAUUGGCCCAUCCGGGUCACAGAUCUUCCUUCCUCCAUCAACGCCCUCGACGAAGCCUCCCUUCUCUUUUCGCAACUUUCCCUUCACCACCCCGCAGAAAUCAAUAGAGACAGACUUUUCCUCCGGCGCUGAAAUGUCGUCUCCUGUGAAUGUGGAUACCGACGAUACCCCAGAACCAUCAGCUCGAAGGGUGUUGUCCAUGACUAAGGGCGCCAUGAUGCAAUUCGAGGGCAAGGAAUCCAAAAAGAAACCGUCAUCACCAGGUCUUUUGAGCAAGUUCUCGAGUCUGGGGCGUGGCGAGGUGGGUCGUAGAUCCCAUCUUGCUGUGACUCGCAGCAAGGGCAAAGUUCAAAAGCGUCGCAGACGAGAUGGUGGCCCAGACGUCCGCUCAGCGUCACGACGCUCAAACAACGAUUCAGACUUCGAAGAGCCACCAGGCAGUGGUGAAGGAACCCAACAGAAUCUUAAGACCGCACAGCAAAUGGGAUUCAUACCCUCGGUUCUUACCUUCAUUGAUGCACACCCGGGCCUACCCAAUACGCUCUCCUACUACGUCCAAUUCCUGCUAAACUUCUUCCUCGCGUUCUGCGUCAUGUACGUGCUCUACGGAAUCUUCUCAACAAUAAGCAACGAUAUUACUGAAAGGGCCAUGAUGGAAUCGUCAGAAAUACUUGCAGAGAUGGCCGUUUGUGCACGAGAAUUUCAGGAAAACAAAUGUGAAAGGGACAGUAGGGUGCCAGCCAUGGAGACGGUGUGUAAUAGUUGGGAGAAGUGUAUGCAACGGGAUCCGUACAAAGUGGGAAGAUCAAGGCUCAGUGCUGGCAUGUUCGCGGAGAUUGUCAACAGCUUCAUUGAGCCAAUAUCACUGAAGGCAAUAAUCGUUAGCGUCUCCGUCAUAGUAGGCUGCUUCACAGUCAAUAACCUGACGUUCGGGCUGUGGAGGGCUAAAACCCAUCAUCCUCCGCCGCCUCAGCAUCCAGCUUACAUGCAUCAUUCACCCCAACAGCAGAUCGGCUUUCCGCCCGGGAACGAACGUUUUUACAUACCUUACCAAAAUCACAUAGGCAUGCAGGGCACGGACAAGGGAGGGUAUGGGCUGGAAGGGCAAUCGCCUACGAAGAGGCUCGGAUACAGGUGA